AUGACCCGACCUUCAAUCCACAUUAAGCACAUUCAGUGCGACACGUUCUUCCGCGACCGUGAUCCAGCUGGACACUCUGAGCCAGAAGGAAUGGAGUCUACAGCGCCUUCCACGAACGAUGUUGACAUGUCAUCUUCCGCAACACUUGCAGUGGCUUCUUUAGCGACGCCAGCUCCCAGCCUGCAAGAGGAAACACCACAUGAAGAAGUAGAACAUCAGUACCUCUGGCGUUGCUUCCCGGAUUACGUGUGGUCCCAACGCGUCCGAGAUAUACCAUCGUGGGUAUGGGGUUUCGGGUAUGAUGUUGAGGAUUCUUCUGGUAGUCGGCGGUGGGUCUGCAGGCGCUUCAUCCAGAACAAGAAUCCCAAACCCAGAAGCUUCGCGGAGAAGGGAAUCCAGAAUGCGAACGCCCAUUUAUUCAAGGGCCAUGGAAUACGCGCUCCCCCUGACAAGACGAAAUCAGCCGCUGAGAAAAAAGCCGAGAAAUUAAAGGCCAAGGAUCAGAGGUCCGUCGCCGAAGUGAUGAAGCUCGAUACGCGACUCCCGCGCGAACAAGACAUUGCGAACAGUCUGGCCAAGGGUUUCGACCGCAAGCAUUUCCAGCGCCUCCUACUCGAAUGGAUCAUUGAGGAAAACCACGCCUUUAGCGUCUGUGAGCAAGGAAGACUACGCCAGAUAUUCGAAUAA